AUGCGCCAACACGAAUAUCAACGACUCGCCACAGAGGCUUCUUUGCGCAACGACGAACUCCCUUUGAAUCCACCCGACUAUAUUGAAUCUAACGACGGGCAGGGGUAUGACAGUGAUCAGUAUGGCUUCCCACACGAAUCCUCAUCUUCAUCAGUACCAAUAGAACAAUUUGAGAUCGAGGAUGCGCCGCUAGACGAGCCUAGUGGUUUAUUCAACCGAGCUCAAGCAUUUUCUAAAAAGUUUGCCAACAACGUCAACACUCGCCUAAUACAUCCUGUUAGUAGGAUGAUCGAUCCGAUAUAUGAGGGAUACAAAUUUUUGCACAUGCAGUACGAAAGACUGAUUUUGAAGGUGGGAAAUCCAUUGGUGGUAAAGAGGCUCUUGUAUGUUUUUAUUAUGAUGCUUCUAAUAUUUGGGGUGUCGAAGUACACUGCAAGCAAUUCAAUCACGGGAGCCAAUGUUGGUGCGUUUGCCAGAGGAAAGUUUUACGACAUUGAUAAGCUAGCUGAUUCUGCCCGUCAAUUUAUUGAUCCAAAGUCAAUGAAGGAAAACUUAGAAUAUUUUUCUUCUAUGCCCCAUAUUACGGGGUCAAAGGGUGACUUGGCAUUUGCCAGGUAUAUUGAAAAGUAUAUGAAAAACAACGGACUACAUAACGUCUAUCUAAACGAGUUUCAAUCAUUUACAAACUAUCCCAGCAGCAAAGACACGUUUCUCAAAUUAGUUGAUGGGUCGUUUGAAGCAAAAUUAAACGAAAAGCAUAGCAAGGAUAUGCAACAUCUCGCGUAUAACCCCAAUGCAUUAAACACGCUUGAUGUUGUUAAAGGAGAAUACCUUUAUGUGAAUUACGGCCGGUCCGAAGAUUUUCAAAAAUUGCAAGAUAAUGGAAUAGACACAAACGGCAAAAUCUUGUUGGUGAAAUAUGGCGGAAAUGUGCCCGAAGGAAAUAAAGUCCUUAUGGCCGAGAAACAUGGUGCCAAAGCAGUCGUCUUUAUCACCGCCAAGUUUCAAUUGGCCGAUAACACGGAGGUGGAUGAUGUUAUACAAAGAGAGAAUGUGGGUUUGACUAGAAUGUCUCCUGGUGACAUUCUCACACCGGGCUGGUCGUCGGAGGGUGGUUUUGUUACGCGACUUUCUUGGGACAAGUCUGAAACAACGCCCAGGGUACCUACAAUUCCAAUUUCAUGGCGAGAUGGUGAAACUUUGAUUAAGAAGUUGAAAAAUGGUUACUCAUUUGACGAUUUUGCUAGUGGGGAUGGCUCAUCGCCUGCUUUGCAAUUGAAAAUAUCCAACACUAACCGACCUGUUCAUCCUUUUUGGAAUGUUGUUGGGUCUAUCGAAGGCAGGGAACAAGCUGAAAAGGGAAUUAUAGUUGGUUCUGUACGUGAUUCUGCCUGCUAUGGAACAAUGGGCAGCAACACGGGAACAGUAGGGUUUCUUGAACUUGUUAAAAUGCUCACCUCGUUGCAGAGAAAGUACCAAUGGGUUCCUUCAAGAUCCAUAUACUUUGUUUCAUUUGAUGCUACCGAAUACAAUUUGGCAGGAGCUACAGAAUGGAUCGAAAACAGAAAGGAAGCGUUGAGGAAGGAAGGAUAUUUGUACAUUGACAUGAGUGAUUUGGUCAGUGGUGAUGAACUUCAAAUCAAAGCCCAUCCAUUCUUGAAAGAUACAUUGAAUCAAGCAUUAUCCAAAGUGAGACUUGAUGAAAGUGGCAAGUCUUUGAUGCAACUUUUCUCGGACCAAAAGAAAUCAAUUGGAAACGAUUUCAUGGAGGAAAAAAAUUAUGUUCCUUUUAUUAAUUUGGUCAAUAUACCCGCAAUGGAGGUGAAAUACAAAGGUAAGAAUUACCCAUCCACUUCGUGUUAUGAUACGUUUGAAAAUUUUGAGAGUUGGGACAUUGAUAGAUCCAUGGCAAAACAUGUGCAAUUGGUUGAGCUUUUGUCUCGCGUGAUUAUUGAUUUCGCAGAAGCCCCAUUCAUCCCUUAUAAUUUCAUUGAUUUAUCCAAUCUGUUACCAGGCUACAUUCAAGAUUUGGAACGAUUUGCUGAUUCAAUAACGAAAAACAUGAAUGUGAAACCAAUUUUGCAUUACAACGGUUUGAAGCUGGCGGUGGAUAUAUUGAAAAGAGUUAGUAUCAAGUACUCAACCUGGCACAACGAUUGGAAAACGAUGAUUACAGCUACGGGUGGUGCAGAACCACCUAUGUUGGCAAUGGAAAGAUGGGCAUGGAAUGACAAUAUGCUCAGGUUCAAUGAAGAGUUUAUAGGACGUGAUGCUCAACCAAAGCGAUCGGGCUAUGUCAAUGCAUUAUUUGGUGUUCCUUUCCUGGCACCCGAAAGUGGAGAUGAUUUCGAGUGGAAUACGUUUCCAAAUAUCCGUUCGGAGAUUAUGGAUCAUAAUUUUGAUCAAGCUCAAGAUCAAAUCGAUCGAUUAGCUCGAAUGAUUGAACAAGCUGCUGAAGCUUUUAUAAAUUUAGGAUAA